UCGGUUGAAGGCCGCCUCUUCCCGCCAUUGUCAACUCCUAUAAAUUAUGAAUGGCCUGCAACUUGGAGGCCAAAUUUCAGAGAUAUUACCGAGAUGCAGCUUCGUGCAGCUCAAACAAAUCCACGCUCUCCUCUUAACAUCAUCUAUUCACCAAAGCAUCCAUGUUUUUUCGAGCUUUCUUCGACGAACCACCGAAUUGGGGACCAUGGAUUACGCAAGUCUUGUGUUUUCUCAUCUCAAUCCCAGUUUCAGAACCGAAGUUCAAUUCUGGAAUGCGAUGGUUAGGGGCUAUGCUUUUAAUGGCCCUGUCGAGAAAUCUGUGUCCUUGUAUGGCGAAUUGCUUCAGAGAGGGCUCAAACCCCAUAAUUUCACCUACCCAUAUGUGCUAAACUCAUGUGCUGAUUUGGGUUGGUUCUGGGAUGGGAAAAAAGUGCAUUGCCGAAUUAUCAAGACUGGAUUUUCGUUAAACUAUUCUGUUUCUGAUGCGCUUUUAAAUUUGUAUUUGAAAAUUUCAGAAUUUUCUGGACCUGGGGCUGUUUCUGAUGGGAAGGUCUGGGAUGCUCGCAAGCUGUUCGAUGAAAUGCGUGAUAGAACUAUUGAAGUUUGGAACCGAAUGAUCUUGGUGUAUAUGAGAACUGGGGAUGUCUAUGGUGCACGGCAGUUGUUUGAUAGUAUCGAAGAUCGAGAUGUCGUUUCAUGGAAUACGAUGAUUUCUGGUUAUGUUAAAGUACGAGACAUAGCGAAAGCAAGAGAGUUAUUCGAACAAAUGCCGGAGAAGAAUAUUGUGUCUUGGACUUCAAUGAUUGGGGCAUAUGCCAAAGCUGGAGAUAUUAUUACAGCAAGAAUGUUUUUCAAUAAAAUGCCUCAAAGAAAUGUGGUGUCUUGGAAUUCUAUGGUUUCUAGCUACGUUCAACACAGGGAUUUUCAGGAAGCACGGAAUCUCUUUAUCCAAAUGCUAUCAGAAGGCAUAACUCCUGAUAGGUAUACUUUUGUUUCUGUUUUAUCAGCUUGUUCUCAUUUGGGGGAUCUAGAGUUUGGGAAGUGGAUACAUUACUUGAUUGAUGAUUUCUCUCAACUUGGAGUUAUAUCUGCAACUGCCCUUGUUGAAAUGUAUGCAAAAUGUGGAGACAUUAACAGAGCUUUUACUAUUUUCAUCAAAAUCGGGACGAAGGACGUGUUUUGUUGGAACGUUAUGCUGAAAUCACUUGCCCUCCAUGGAAAGGCUCAAGAUGCCAUUAAAUUACUCUCUUUGAUGCAAAAAGAAGGCUUGAAGCCAAAUGACUUCACCUUUCUUGGAGCUUUGUUCGCCUGCAGCCAUGGAGGCAUGACAGAAGAAGGUCAAAUCAUAUUUGAUAACAUGCAGAAGGAACAUGGGAUUAGCCCUACGAUCGAACAUUAUGGUUGUGUCAUUGAUUUGCUUAGUCGAAACGGUCGAUUAGAGGAAGCACUGCGUAUAGUAGACCAGAUGCCGUUUGAGCCUGAUGUUGCAAUAUGGGGAGCUUUGCUGGGUGGUUGCAAGUUAAGAAGUGAUUUCAAGAGAGCAGAAGAAAUAGUUGAGAGAGUGAGAAAAUUGAGAUCAAAUGAAGGUGGAAUCCAUGUGAGCUUGUCGAACAUGUAUGCAUCAGUUGAGCAUUGGCAAGAGGCUCUAACUGCAAGGGAAAAGAUGGAAGAGGAGAAUAUAUUAAAGAAAACUGGCCAGAGUAGUGUUAUUUAUGCACCCUGUGGAAGCUCAACGUUCACAAGAUACUUUCAAGAGGAUAAUGGCUAACAUCAUGGCGAGGCAUUUUCAUUGGGUUAUAAUGGAAUGAUGUAGCAACACCUCAAAAGAGUAUUUAUCUGAUACAAGAAAUCGAAUAAAAUCAAACCAAUCUA